GGAGCAGCAGCAGCUCGCCCACGAAGCUCUCGGAACUCGGUCCCCCCCAUCGACGGUUAGCCAAGAAGCCGCGAGCAGCGUUUAACUGGUGGGAUUUUUUCUCUCUCUCUCUUCUCUCGUGCGAUGGACCCCCGUUCAGAACACGGCAACCUCCGGCGUGCGGCGACGACGGCGGUGGGUGAUGGAUGGGGUGGAAAACUGGACGGACGGGUCGGAGCUGAACCCGUCUCGCAUUCCUGUUCGAGGACGCAACGCAACCCUAUAUGUUUCGGCGGCAUUUGCUGGUCACCGCCCGUGUUGGGAAUCUUUUUUAUUUUAUUUUAGUCUUUAUGUUCGCUCCCCCCCGUUCUCUCAAAGGAAAAAGGGGGCCAGCCCCGUCUGGAACAUUAAUCAGAUCGCUAUGCAGCUUCAAGUCGGGCAACGAGCGCGUAUCAUGGCAUCAUCAUCCUCGUCGUGCGCCCGUCUCUACUAAUUACCUGUCGACUGGACCCAGCAGCGCACCUGUAAAAAGAAAGCCCCCUGUUUUUCAGAUCUAGAUCGCGAAACCCCCGGGUUUCGGCACUUGGAAUCGUCCCGUCGACCGUAAGCAUUUAACACGCCGUCGGUCGGUCGGUCGCAUCGUCCGCCUCUCGAGAGCAAGUCCCCCCCCGCGCCAUGGUCCCGAGGGCGGCACUCGUCGUCUCUUGCACUCGCCCCGGCCGGGCGGCCUCGCCACCGACGCCCAAGCAGCGGCAGCGGCAGCGGCAACGGCAGCAGCAGCAGCGAUGAUGGGCCAACUGACAGACGGCCAGCUCGGGGCCAUCAGCAUCAUGGAGCGCUCGUGCUCCGUCGUGUCCAUCCUCGGAUGCCUCUUCACCAUUGUCACCUUCAGCUGCUUCCGCGCCUUCCAGCAGAAGCCCAUCAAUCGCCUCGUCUUCUACGCCUCGUUUGGCAAUCUCAUGAGCUGCGUCGGCACGUUGAUGUCGCGCUCGUUUCUGGACCAGCCCGAUUCGUUUGGCUGCCAGUUCCAGGCCAUGAUUAUCCAGUGGUUCAUGGCCGCCGACGCCGGGUGGAUAUUCGCCAUGGCCAUCAACGUCUUCCUGACCUUGUACCGCAAGUACGACUCGAAGCGCCUGCGUCGCAUGGAGCUGACGUAUCUCCUCGCCUGCUACGGCAUCCCAUUCGUCCCCGCCUUCGUCUUCGUCUUCGUGCGACGCCAUGGAGCGCGCGUGUACGGCGACGCGGUCCUCUGGUGCUGGAUUGAAGAGGACUGGGAAGCACUGCGCAUCGCCACAUUCUACGCACCAGCGUGGGUCGUCAUUCUCUUGACACUCAUCAUCUAUAUCAUUGCCGGUCGUACCAUCUACCAAACGCGCAAGCAGCUGCGCGAGUUCAGCUCCGACAUGAGCCUCUUGUCGCCGCCCGAUGCCGAGAAGGAACCGGCUUCGAGAAGUACGCAGGUCAGUUACGGCCGGCGCCCAACCAUCGGUAGCAUUCCGUCCCGCCUGGCACCGCCACCCGACGAUGACCUCGAGGAUGCUGUUGAGGGUGUGGCUCAGGGUGCCGGCGAGGAAGCGCUUGUUGGUGGUGGUCCUUGCGGAUGCGGCGGCGACGAGUCCAACAACACCGACCCCCCAGCCUCGCCGCCGCGCCGGCCGCUCCCCGACGGCCCGACCCGCGCGCGGCGACGCAGCUAUGAGCUCAAAAGCGCGGCGUGGUCGUACACAAAGACCAGCCUGCUGUACUUUACGGGUAUCUUGUUGAUCUGGACGCCCUCGUCGGCGAACCGAGUAUACGCCCUCGUGCACGGCGGGACGACCAUCGCGCCGCUGGCUUAUAUGAGCGGCCUGGUGUUGCCCCUGCAGGGCUUCUGGAACUGGCUCAUAUACACCGUCGUCUCGUGGCCUGCAUGCCAGGACCUCUUCCACGAAUUGAAGAGCUGGGUGUUGCGCCUGAUUCGACCCUCAAGUCGACGGCACGCGAGCGAUGACCGCCACGGUCGCAAGCCAACGCCCCGAGAGCAGACGGCGGCGCCGAGUUUCAGCGUGUUUGAUUGCGAGAGCGGGAUGCCGUCUCCUUUUGCGAGGAAUGCAUAGGGCGUUUAAAACGGGG